AUGGGAAUGUACGGACCAGAGUUUGUCUGGAUUUUAAACCCGAAUGUUGGAACCGUAGAUGAGUGGGUCAUUCAUGCCAACAACACGAAAAACAAGGUAGAGACUCAGGAACAGCUAUGCAACAAGACGCAAUACCAGAAAGCUUUAAAUAGAGCAUUCACAUUUAAGGCACUCACGAUAAGGGAGGACGACAACUUCACUACCUCAUCAAAUCUGGUAAGAAUAUUUCUUUUCGUGAACGCUCCUUCAGUAGAUCUGAUAUAGUACACUUGCAGCGUUGAGGUAAGCUUCCAGGUUAUUUGUUAUGAUCCAAAUUCACAGUAAUUUAGAUGACCAAUUGAAAGAUAGGUAUUUGGCAAGAAAUGAGCUAAUUUUUGAUUUGUCGUACUUCCAUUUGCAGACAGUAUCUGAGGCAUUUUCAAGAUUGGACAUAAAUGAUCUAUCGAGCGAUAAAACGAAAAACCUGGCCACAACUUCGUUUGAUGCUAUGUGGGGCACCAUGCUAGCCAUAAAAGGAGCUAGUGAAACAAAAAACGUUUCUGAUAAAUUGGGAAAGAACACGUACUUCGAAAGUCAGGAAGUAUCUAAAUUUCUGGUAAAAAAACUCACGGAGUUGAACUUUCAAGGACUAACGGUACGUUUUACUUUUUACUGUUUUAUUUUCUAUUUUGUGAGAAAGGCGUGGGAAAGAUGAUUGAACUUAACUUGCCUCAAAGUAUUUUUGUCAUGAUUUUUAGUAGGUAAUUCUGCUAUUUCGUCUUCGCAUAGCCGUGAACUGUUUGGCAUUCUCUUAAGUUCUACACUCGUAGCAAAACAGCUAAGCUGCCAAGUAGACUAAAGUCGCUUUCUUGCGAGACGUCAAUGACGGUAUAAUCACACAUUUCAGUGACGUUUGAGGAGUGACUGUUGUUAGUGAUGUUUACUGUUGUUAGUAAUCUAUAAAUCUAAGCAUCUUCUAUCUUCAUCUUUGGUCUUUGAAUGAAUAAUAAUAACAAUAAGCUAAUGUAAACUAAUAUCUGAAAGACCAUCCCGUCUUAAUGGCAUAUUUGAGGAGUUAGGUCUCAUUUCAUUAUACCUCUAACGCAUUACUUUCCUAGAGUGUCCCUCCCGCAGUAGAACCAGGUUUUUUUAAAAUGGCCUUUUGGUGAUCAGUGCAUUCCUUCACUGAAGAGGAAAAAAAGACCUUAACCUUCAGGGGGCUGUGACAGUUGUAACCGCCACUCGACCAGCCCUAUGAGAGAACACUCGAAGAGUCAAAAUGCUGUAAACGAGAAAUGUAAAAUCAUGCAGCGCCCGUGAAAUAGACAAUGCGAUUUGUGACUAUUUCCAACUACUUACAUAUCCCUAGUGGCAAAACAACUAUUUGAACGGAUCUAUCUUCAAGGUAUUCUGCAGUGUCCUGGCCCCGUCGUCAAUUAAAGCCUCGUGGCUAUAAAAUUUACAAGAAUGAAAUAUAUUAGUAUGUUACAUAUUUAUUAAUUUCCAGGGCCCAGUGUCUUUCAACCCAGACAAAAGGAGAAAAGACGUUGUUAUUGUUCUACAGCAAUACCGAGGUAUAAAUUAUAAGAAAUUUACGGUAUACUCAUUUUCUAAACUGCAUGCAAGAAUUAAAACUAAGGACCGGUUCAUAGACCGGACUUUUCACGAUCCGAACCUAAAACAAAGUACAGUCGAACCUCCACGUGCGACCACCUCCAGUAGGCUACCACCUCCCAUAAGCGACCACCUUCCCAAAAAACCAAAAAUAUUCUCAGUCAAAGCCUUAUACUGGAAUCUCUCGUAAACGACCACCUCCCGUAAGCGAUCGCGACCACUUUUUCGGCUGACAGUUUAGAAAUGUCUAUUGUUUUCAACCUCCGGUAAGCCGCCACUUGGCACAUGGUCUUACAUUGUAAAAAUGGGCAAAAAGGAAUUUAUUCUUUGGCUGUCAUUAUUGUGUACACAUCUAUUACUGUGUUCAUUAGUUCGAUCUAUAACUACAGUACUAACUAUUACCCUUGAGAAAAAGACCCAGAUUUCCAGGUUUCAGUUAAAGAAGUAAAGUUUUUGUUCGUCAGACGUUUUAGAGGCAUUUCUUUACAAGAAGUCACGUACACAACCAAGAUUUUGUAACAACAAAUUUGUAACGCGCGUAAUCUAAUUUAUACUGCUACAUGAGAAAUUUCUGCAAUUUGAUUGGCUUAGAGCAGUGGUAUUUCAGCUUAAUUUGAAAUACGUACAUGUGAAAAUUACAAAUCUUGUGCGGGUAGUAGUAUAAACAAAUAAUAGCACGAUUUGUACGUGAUAUUUGGCAUAAAUACUACUUGUGAUAUUUCAAAAUUGUUUCAAAUUUCACUUGCCUAACGGCUCGUGAAAUUACAUAUAACAAUUUCGAAAUAUAACCCGUGGUAUUUAUGCCAAAUAUCACUACAAAUCAUGCUAUUACCUAUACUAAUUGCCCUUCCGUAAAUGAGCUGUCACGUAGAAUAGCUAAUAAUUUUGUCAAUAAAACUACCAGUAAUUGGCAGUGGAAAGUAAACUUUCGUUAUUUUUUUUUAGAAUAAAUGUACCACUCUAUUCGGCUAGGUUGAAUUAAAAAUUUCGCCCUUGCGGUCAUUCCACUCUUGUAAGCGACCACCAAGCUUAACCUCUAAGUCCCAAUAUCAACAUACAAAUUCUCCAAACUGAUCCUCAUACAUUUCCUUUAAGAAUUAGUUGAGAGAAUUUAAUAAAAGAUCAAAGCAUUUUCUCUUUGUAGAUCAUUUGUUAAUUCUCAUAACCUUAUCUCUUGACAAUGUAUGGAUAUUGUUAGGAGAAAAUUGAUGUUGGUCACCAUUGGGACUUUAAGGGUUAAGCCUUAGCAUUUUGGGCGGUCGCUCGCUUACGAACUUGGGGCCCGUUUCUCGAAAGGCCCGGUAACUUUUCUGGCCCCAAAUUAUAUAUUCGAAUCAAAAUGUGAAGAGUAAAAGCGCGGGAUAUAGCUGACAAACCAGUCCUUUUUGUUUUGUUAACAGAUAGUUUUAUCGAGUUUAUCUGCAAAACUAUUGAAACCUCGAUCUUGAAUGUAAACAGCAACAACUUUCCGGGCCCGUUAAUUAUUGGGACUUUCGAGAAACGGGUCCAUGGUGCAUUAAUUAUGAAAACGUAUUUUGCAAGCAGUUUUACCGAAAUGAACAUUUUUCUCUUUUUGAAUUUACUUCGACCGGAAUUAAGAUUGGUGUCUGAAUCAAUUCACCCGGUCUAAAUAAUUUGGGUCGGCCUUAAUUCCAAUUAGGUUGGGCUCAUGAAAGUUCGGCCUCUGAGAUGGGCCUAAGAACUAAGAAAUAUCUAAAUCCAAUACUUUAAUUCGUAAAUGAGUUUAUUUGCAUGCGCACGAAGCACCAUUAGCCUGGGAGGCAGGCCUUGAAAUGAAGUGUUAAACAGACCUCUCCCUUUUCUCCUUUCACUUUAGUUUCUCCCCCUACCCCCCACCCCCUUUCUUUGCCUCCCCCUCUCCAUUUUGGCUUUGCCACGCACACUAAGUACCAUGGGGAAGAAAAUCUGAUUAUCUAUCCAUGCGAAAAUUAUUUUGUCACUUGACCGUCCAUUUUAACAUCGGAUCAUUCCAUCCUUAUCAGCUAGUCAGCCUUUAUGUAUUGCUACAGUGAAGGAUAUCAUUCAAUUUCUGUUAUUAUUAUUAUUAUUAUUAUUAUUAUUAUUAUUAUUAUUAUUAUUAGAUUAUUGUAAUCAUUAUCGUUAUCAUUAUUAGGUAAUUUAUGUAAAUAGCGCACUGAAAAAAAAGAAAGAUGGCGAAGAUUGAAUAAGCUUAAUCCUCUCCAUUUUUUCUCAUCUUUCACACUCUGUGAAAUCUUUGCCGUGAUUGGAUAUUUAAACCUUUUUCUGACUUCACUAUACAGCAGACUAAGUUUUAGCUUAAGUUCAGGUCACAUUAUCCACACAAAUGAUAUAAAUUUCACUGAAUUUUAUCGCAGAUAAAGAAAACAAAUGGGUGAACGUUGGUGAAUUCUUCGAAAAUGAAAGUGGUCAAUUAACCUUGGAAUUUUAUGAAGGCAUGGAAAAAACAUUAUGGAAAGGUAUGUUUAUAGGCCAUUUCCGAGUUUAAAAACUCUCUCGUUCAAAACGAAGCUAAUUGCAAAACCUUUUUUUGUGAAAAAAAGCUUUUGUUUGCAUGAGAUCAAAAAUAAAAAGAAAAUCAUUUUCAUGUCAAUGGCUUUAUAUUUUGCCUCGUUUUAAAACAGAGGCUUGGGGCAACUCGAAAAUCGCCUCCAUGAAGCGGCCACCUCCACGGUGCCGGCAAAUACAAAAUAAUCUCUGGAUUUCCCAUUAUACUCUCAUGUAACUUGUGUUCAGUUCAAAGGUUCAGACUUAAGAAGUACUCAUGCAUAGUUUGCUGAUGUGUUUUAUAACUGGAAAACCUUGAUAAACCAUCAGACCAAUAGAUAUUUUAUUAACUGUAUACUAAUCGGCCUCGUGUUUUGCUCAAGAUGGACGUGUCCCAAGCGACAGAUCGCAGAUAAUAAAGCAGCGAAUGGAUACUCCGCGUGCGCUCUUCAUCAUCUUCUCAACGGUGGCCUCCUUUGGUAUAGUUCUAGGGAUCAUUUUUAUAGUAUUCAAUCGCUACUACCGCGAUUGCAAGUGAGUUUCAUGCACUCUUUAAUAAAGGAGCAAGAUAGAUGUUUUUCCAGGGUGGGGAGAUACCCCCAUAUGUAAACUACAUUGGUAUUUAUAAAAUAACUAAGAUAGUACUCGCGCUCUGAUUGGCCGAGAGGAGUGUUUGCAUGAGAGUAUGUAAACAUGGUUGUGGCGUCAAGUUGUUUGGCUUUUCGCGCGCUAAUCACGCAAGCACGAAUUUGAAAAAGUUUUCGAGUUCAAAACUCGACAAGUUUACUGUAUUUACCCAUUUCUUCGUCGGCUGAAACAUGGAAAAUCGUUACAAAGAAGGUGAGUCAAUUUUUCUUCGCUUUAGCUGACAUUUUAAGCGAGAAAAAUCCGUAUUUUGCAAAGCAUCUUUUUGCAAAACAAGAACUGAUUACGCGUGCAAGACUUCGUGGACAAGAUUUUGCGACUGGUAAGAAUUUCUCUUUUAAUCAGUGCCAUACAAAGAGUUUUGCGUUUUUUUCUCGGGAAAGUUAUUUUAUAAAAGCAAUAGAAAACUUUUUUCCUGUGUUUGCAUAGCCUGAUAUAAACACUCGAGGUGUUGGGAGAAUUCUCGACAGUUAUGCAAACCCUCGCCUUCGUCUCGGGUUUGCUUAACUGUCUCGAAUUCUCCCAACCCCUCUCGUGUUUAUAUCAGGUUAUGCGAACACGGAAAACGUUUUCUUUUGCUUAAAUCCUGGCUUAGAACCACUGCGCACACACGGGAGCCUAUGACACUAGUGAUGGACUCCUGGCACACAUCAAUCCAAAACGGAUUCGGAAAUAGUGUAGACCUUCGCAAGAGUUAUGGCGGACGUUUCCUGAAUGGCUUUUUAAAAAGAGUUUUCUACGGAAUACAAAGUGUCGCAAGAGGUGAUUGCAGUUUUUAAAAGAGCACGAUCGAUACCGGAGAAGAUUGGCUAAAGUUAAAACAAAUAGUACGGUUUUGGAUCAUGAACUUCAGAGUUUAAAAACAAAGGAACGGCCAGUUUCUUAAACGACUUCAAACCUUUUGGUACAGUUCUGCCUUGUCUUCCACUAAACCUCAGGUUUCCGCAGAUUCUUUUAACAAGAAAGUGAUCGAUAAAAGUCAGCUGCGCUCAAUGCGCGGUGACGUAAAUAACCCACAGUGCUUUUCGAAAAGAGUAGGGGACGUAGAUGGGGGAAGGGGGCUGUUACGGGCCUGCAGUUAUGUAGUUCUGUUGCGGUGACCCUUCCAAAAAUUGGAAAAUCUUAGUACAUGAAUAAAUAAAUAAAUACAUAAAGACCUUUGUCAAAUGUUUGAAGGGGUAGAAAUAUCAUGUGAUGCAGUGACUGACCGAAAUUUAAUGGCAUGUGAGGUUCCACGCAUAAAGUGUUGGAUGGCAAAAAUUAUACGGUUAGGGUCGGGUGAAGCUUAAUUUAUUGAACAAGUCACCCCAAACUCAAAUCCUUAUCACAUAAUUUAUGCCAUUUCUCAGGUCAUGAGGAAACUCGAUCUUUUCUCUUUUUAUACUCUCAAAAAUGAAAAGCAACGAGUAUCAAGAAAUGUUUACCGGUUUUCUUUUCGCAGUUAUGCAGACCUAACGCAAAUGUUGGCCUUUUUUCUAGAUUUAUUAGUCUAUCUGUUCCGAUGUUCAAUGAUAUCAUUGUAUUGGGAUGUAUCAUGUGUUUGAGCACAAUAUAUUUAUUUGGAAUCCGGAAAGUCAACGAUGCCAAUAGAACCAUGCCACGUAUUUGCAAGGUGAGGAGUGACGUUAAUUUCAUGUGGUUAUCUACCAGUCAAACCCAUAACCGCCCCCUUACCCCCCCCCCCCGGGGGUGGGGGGCAAGGGGGGCGAAAAGGAUUUCAUAAUUCUUUCAGCAUUCAGCCUGUGCAACGCGUUCACGGGUCAUUGUUCAUACAUUCACUGUUUUGUUGGAGCAUUUGAGAAGCCCGUUAAAUGAGAGCUUUCUGGAAUGAACAGUUUUUUGAAAUGAACAAACCUCCGUAAGAUAGCUUUCGGAGGCUUAAUUAAGAUAUUUUGAUUGUGCUAAAUAGGAUAUUCAUAUUUGAAUAAACGGUUUGACGCAUGGGGAAAUUUUUGAACAGCUGUCCGUGGGUUGGGAAUUUGACGCUUUUUCAAGCGCUAGACGUUGGAUCAUGCUACCAUCUGAACAGCACUAUACCAACUCACCAGGAAAUUUAACCAAAAAAAUCAAAUGCCUAGGGGGUUUGCCGGGGGGGCAUGGGCGGUUUUGGAAUUGACUGGUACAUAACUGUGGUAGUGGCAGUGUAACGGACUCCCAUAAACUGAGCCAAGAGCUAUUCACAGCCGAUGAAAGGAGAUUAUCUGAGUCAGACGACUAACUUACGCGCGGUCUUAUAUAUAUAUAUAUAUAUAUUAAUUUUAACUACUCUCAGAGAUACUAUCUGUUUUUCUUUUAAUUCUUUAAUUCACAUCAGAAACUCAUCUGUUCACAUUUUAUGAUGUAUCUUAUUUUUUUCAGGCUCGCGCGUGGCUCUUGAACAUAGGAUUCUCCUUGGCUUUUGGAGCCAUGUUUAUCAAAACCUGGCGAGUUUACAAGAUUUACAAAAACAUACGUAUGAGAGUCGGUGUAAGUGUAUCAAAUUUUAAAAUUGCUAGCAAAAAAAACUUAAAAAAUAUAUUGGAACAAAAAAAUUAUUGGAUUCGGUUUCGUAUGAUCUGAAGAAUUGCGCUGAUCUCGUAAUUCUUCAAAUCCUAAUCAGCCUCAACCAAUAAUUGCUUACCGUAUUUAUUCGAUUAAGCGCCCAAACUCGAAUAAGCGCCCAUCCUGUAGGGAAGAAAAGUUAACAAGCAACUAGCCUCGAAUAAGAAUCCAUCCCACCCACUACCAUCUCGCCCAAAAAACUGAAGUGGACAAGAUAGUUGUUUAUCAUUUCCCUACUGCCCAUUAUACUUAUCGUCGACUGAUCCAUUUGCAGACGUUACGCUUUGAAAAAUCGACGAAGCAACACGAGAGAGUUCGCUUAUUGACCUCACUGACAAUGAGAUAGAAAUUGACUAGGUUGUAUUAGGAGACUUCCCUGAGAACAAAGUUCUUAGUCGUUUUUAAAUAAACUGAAAUAAACGGUUACAAAUUCUGCUUUGCCACAUCUUCACGUUUUUUUAUUAUUUACUGUUUUGUUGGGAAAUUAACUUAGUACUUGCUAAAAAUAGCGAAAAUUUAAUAAGCGCCCACUCUCAAGGCUCAGGAAUUUUAUAACUGUCAUAAACACAGAAUCCUUAGUUCAAAUCAUGAAUAAGUGCAUUCUCUCCGCUAUACAAUGGAAGUUGUUUGACUUGCUAAUAUCUAAAAUGUUCCAAAUUUAUCAGUUGGGAUUGUCUGAUUGGCGGAUUCUGGCUAUGGUAUUUGGGAUCGUUGUGAUUGACGUGGUGCUGUUAGUGGCUUGGGAACUUACAGACCCGCUCCAACAUGAAGAAGCAGUCGUGGACAAGAAGGUUAGUGGACAGAUUACAACCUGCUCCAACAAAACUUUUUCAGCGUAUAUCUUACACGAUAUUAGCACUUGUUGAGAGGUGCUUGUAAUGCUGAUUUCAGGUUUAUGAAAUUGCUCUAUUCAUGUGCUUCGAAUUUUUACUGUAUGAUUUCAUGCGGUGAGCGUAUAUGGCCACAUUCACAAAAUGUUAUAUUUCUGUAAUCUUUGGAGGAAAAUUAAACUGGGAUCACAUGGACUUUGAAGCUUCCAAAUAACAGUCAGUAACUAUAAACACUAUUCACGAUCUGAAAUAACGCGUACGUGCUCUCCCGGAAAAGUGACCAGGUCCUUGGUAUUGACGAUUAAUACUUGUAUUUUCGGUUUUCAUUGCAGAAUGAUCCAGGGGAUCACCUCAAAAUAAUAUCUACAAUAAAUACAUGUACGGGGAAAAAUAUGGAAAUGUGGCUGGCAUUGAUUUAUGUUAGCAAGGGAAUUCUUUUGCUUUUCGGGCUGUUCCUCGCUUAUGAGACAAAAAAUGUCGUGUAUGCGCAUUUGAACGACUCGCGAAUCAUUGGAAUUUGUGUGUACAACGUGGUUUUGCUGUCCACUGUUGGGGCGUUCUUGGCUCUAAUUUUGAAGAACGAACAGUAUGUAGAGUCAUACUCCGCACUGAGUGUGUGUAUAUCUUUCCCAGCUGCAACCACUAUAUCGCUGAUCUUCAUACCAAAGGUAAAACCUGAU